AUGGCUACUUCUGGAAAUAGGCAUGUGUUUCUUAAAGUUGUGAAUUGUUUUGGUGAUGUCGAAGAUAAUUUUUUCAUUGCAAAUUUGAUGAAAGAAGUGAUUGAUGAGGUUGGUCAUCAAAAUGUGGUGCAGAUUAUUAUUGACAAUGCAACUAAUUGCAAGGGGCCAGGAGAGAUUAUUGAGAGCAUGUAUCCUCAUAUUUAUUGGAUUACUGAUAUUCAUGGGGAUGUCGUACAAAUCAAGAAUUUCAUCAUGAACCACAACAUGAGAUUGGUAAUCUUUCAAAGAUUUAGUCCUCUUAAGUUACUUUCAGUUGCCGAUACUCAUUUUGCUUCGAUCAUUGUGAUGCUUAAGAGGUUUAAGCUCAUCAAGCAGGGACUUCAAGCAAUGGCCAUUAGUGAUGAAUGGAAUUCUUAUAGGGAGGAUGACAUGGUGAAAGCAAACUUUGUGAAAGAAAAGCUUGUGAGUGAUGAUUGGUGGGAUAAAAUAACUUACAUCAUUGUUUUUACAAAGCCCAUCUAUGACAUACUUAGAGUAUUCGACACUGAUAAGUCAUGUCUUCAUUUGGUAUACGAGUUGUGGGAUUCCAUGAUUGAGAAAGUGAAAUGUGAAAUUUACAAGAAGGAAAAACGUCAUCUUACAAACUUUAGUUCUUUUUAUCAUAUUGUUUAUGAGAUUCUUAUAGCUCGUUGGACAAAGAGUUAUACUCAUCUUCAUUGUCUAGUUUAUUCACUAUAUCCAAGGUUUUAUAAUGAUGGUUGGCUAAACGAGGAUCCUUGUAGAGUUGCUCCUCAUAGAGAUGGUGAAAUAUCUUGA